AUGGCGGACACAAAGAAGAAUGAUAACUAUGCCAUCGACAUGGACAAGUUGGACGCAGAGUCCGACCGGUUUAGGCCUCCGCCUCCGCCUCAGCCCCGGCACUCAUCAUCAUCACACUCGCAAUCGAUAUCAAAUAGCCCGGUUUUACCUAUUCUCAGCUAUUGUGCUUCUUCGAUUUUAAUGACCGUUACAAACAAAUAUGUCCUUUCAGGUGUUCAGUUCAAUCUUAACUUUUUCCUUCUCUGUGUUCAGUCCGUAGUUUGCAUAAUCGCCAUACAGACCUGCAAGUCCAUGGGAUUAAUCAAUUAUCGCGAUUUCAAUUCGGAUGAAGCGAAAAAAUGGUUUCCAAUUUCACUUCUUCUCAUCGGUAUGAUUUACACCGGCACAAAAGCUCUCAAAUUCCUGUCGAUCCCGGUGUACACUAUCUUCAAGAACCUUACAAUCAUUCUCAUUGCAUACGGUGAGGUCCUUUGGUUUGGCGGGUCCGUGACCGGAAUGGCCCUCUUCUCUUUCGGCCUGAUGGUCCUGAGUUCCGUUAUUGCAGCUUGGGCAGAUAUCAAGCAUGCUCUCGACACCAGCGGCUUUUCCGGAGCCGAAGCUACCAGCAAGAUUUCCACCCUCAAUGCAGGAUACAUUUGGAUGUUGAUCAACUGUCUUUGCACUUCUACCUAUAUUCUCGGAAUGCGAAAACGGAUCAAGUUGACCAAUUUCAAGGAUUUUGACACCAUGUUCUACAACAACCUCCUAUCUAUCCCGAUUUUGAUGAUUGGUUCUUUCAUUGUUGAGGACUGGUCCUCCGAGAACAUCAACAAAAAUUUCCCUAUUGAAACCCGCAACUCCUUGAUCUUCGCGAUGAUCUUCUCCGGUCUCUCUUCAGUUUUCAUUUCCUACACGUCCGCAUGGUGUGUUCGAGUGACCUCUUCCACAACAUACUCCAUGGUGGGAGCCUUGAAUAAGCUUCCUAUCGCUCUUUCUGGUCUCAUCUUCUUUGGCGAUCCAGUCACCGUCCCGAGUGUCUCGGCCAUCGUGGUUGGAUUUAUCAGUGGAAUUGUGUACUCGCUCGCCAAGGUCAAGCAAAAUGCCAAACCGAGAACGGGCGUCCUUCCAACGACCAACCCGGUGAGCGCCAGCACACAAAGCAUGAGAGACGGACUGAAAUCUUAGGCAACCGCUGGCCCGGCCCCCAAUGUACGAACUUUCUUCUUCAACCGCGAUAUAGACUAUUUUAAGAUUGAUUCACAUUUCAGCGGACACAAAUACGCGAUACAAUGAGAAAAUUAAAAAAGCUUUUCUUGAAUCUUGACAGGCCACCUGGCCUACUAUUCGUCUGCCACAGAAAUUCAAGCCUUUGCUUGGAAGUAUGUGCGGGCUCAGUUCUGUAACAUGCCCUUUAUGGCAGUCAUUAAACCUCCAUGCCUUGUGCUAUUUGUCAGAUUCGGCCCGGUUUCAUGUUAGGAUUUGGCCAACCUUUCUUCCCCAUGUUGCCAUUCAUCAUUUAUUCAUCUAUCUAUUCUUCCUUCCGUUGUGAAACUUAUAAAACAUUGUAACAAAUCUAAUUAGCUCUCUUCUUGUUUUCUUGUUUCCAGUUUUUAACUUCUCGAAAUCCCAUCAGCCCUUGAUGGUGCAUGGGCAACUUCACCACCUUGUGAAAUUCUUCUAUGGUUGAUGUUUGCAGGUGUUGUACCUGGGUUAUAGAAACAGGGAUCUUUCGAUCAUGGCUUCAGAAUGGUGUAUGCCUCUGUUUCAAUGGUGUGUUCAGGGUCGAUAUGACAUAGGUACCUGAUAUAUGAAGUAGAAAAGGUCUCAACUAUCAAGGCAUAUCUUGAUCAGAGUUUCUC